AACUAAAAUCACACUCAAUCUGUUACACUGAUAGACUGAAAAUGGAAAUUAUAUUUUAUUCUUUCAAUUUGAUUAUUAUUAUUAUUGAUUAUAGAAUAUGAACGUGAAUUUAAAUGAAAAAAUAAACAUAUAAAACUGCAUAAUGGUUCAUUGUUAGUGAUGCAAUGUUCAUCUUUAAAAUAUUUUCAUCAUUUACAGAAUUUAACAUUUCCAGCAGAAGAGCUAGAAAAAAAGAUAGACUUGGAAAUUAUCAUGAAUCCAACCCCUUAUGCAGUGAAACCCAAUAUGUCACUGGCUAGAACGUAUAAAUUGUUCCGAAACCUUGGAUUGAGGCAUGUUAUCGUAGUGGAUAACGAAUUUAAGCCGAUCGGAAUACUAACAAGAAAAGAUCUAGCCAAAUUCCAUGCAUCGUUUAGUGGGAUUACUGCUUUACCUAUUGUUUGAGAAAACAGAAAAAUGUCUACCGUACUCUUACUCUUAUAAAGUAUUUUUGUUAACAAGUUGAAAAGGUUUUCGUUUGUAAAUACAGAUAAUUACAGGAAUCUACAUUGAAUUUUUGGAUAAGAGCUUCAACUAAUAUGUUUAAUAUAUUGAAUU